UUUCUUUUCGCCGACCAAGAUAAAUACCAGCAAAUUAAACUUGAAGCUGGGAAAAAGCCCUUUUCGUCGUCUGAGAAGUGUCCGGUGAAUUUUGCCCCCCCCCCCCGGUCCUCCGAUCACUGUAAUUCACGGUUCACGAGAAUGGUCUGCGAAAAGUGUGAGAAAAAGCUGUCGAAGGUGAUAGUGCCGGACAAGUGGAAGGAGGGAGCCCACAAUACCACCGAAGGAGGCGGCCGGAAGAUUAACGAGAACAAGCUCCUCUCCAAGAAACACCGAUGGACGCCUUAUGGAACAAAUAGUGCAACAACGAAAUGCAUUAUUUGCAAGCAGCAGGUGCAUCAAGACGCUAAGUACUGUCAUACCUGUGCCUACAGUAAAGGAGUAUGUGCAAUGUGCGGGAAACAAGUACUGGACACAAAGUUUUACAAGCAAAGCAAUGUAUAGUCCACACAAGUGUUUCUCUUGUGGACCGUAGCAUUGUAUUUCUUGGCCUAAUUGGUCUUGGAAUCAUCUGUGGAUGUUAUCAGCGCAAGUGUUUGUGGAAUCUGCUCAAUCCUGUCCUGUAUAGUCCUCAAUCAGCUUAUGAUUCUGUUUUUCUGUUUUGGCCUUGUAAUGUUAUGAGGAACGUGAUUAGUUCAAACUGUGCAACGUCUCGCUCUGUUUUGCUGCACUUGAAUCUCUGAUAUUAGUACGUGUUUUCUGAUGUAGCAGAUGAGAUAAUUUGAAUAGGUUUGGUUCUCAAUUCUCAUUACAUUGAGGAGGGAGUUGAAGACUGGAAAUCAAGACAUUGACAAUGAGAAACUCUCUUGCUGAUUCGGAUUAUUACA